AUGUCUUAUGGUGUUUGGCUAGUGUUAUUCAUUUACAAGGGACAUGGCUCCAAUUAUUGUCACAGUCCACCAAGUAAUAUAUUUCAUUUAAGAUUCAACUCGAAAAUGUUAGUCAGCUGCGGUAUGGAAAAUAUUUUACGAGAAUGGUAUUCGAUUGAUACGAAUCAAACCGAAAUCAACGAUUUAGCAACGUGGAGCUUAGAGAAAGGAAUAAUUAAAAUUGCCCCAAAUUCUCUUUACGAGAGAAGACGUAAUUUGCAAGGUUUGAUAAUGAGAGCUGUUACAGUCAAGGAUUCAUCGUUCAUAAACGUAAACGAGGAUGACGAAUUAGAUGGGAUAUUUGGUAGAAUAUUGACAGAACUUUGUUUGACUCUUAAUUUUAGUUUAAACAUUGUCUCGGAAGUAGAAGAAUAUGGAAGUUGGAAUGCAAAAGAAAAAACUUGGUCCGGAGCAGUGGGAGAAUUAUAUGCUGAACGUGCUGACAUUUCUAUUUCAGAUUUUUCUAUUACCAGUGCCAGAUUGAAUGCUGUAGACUUCACGCUUCCUCUUUUGCUUACAAAAAAAUGUCUUUACAUUCGCGAACCACAAAUAUUUGCGAUUAAAUGGUCAUCUUUUUUUCUAGCAUUCUCCCAUUCUAUUUGGAUUGCUAUAUUGGUGAUAUUAAUUGUUGGAUCGAUUUUACUAGUUCUUUUGAAAAUAAAGAAUAAAACGGAUCGUAAUAUAGGACAUUUGUUGUCUGACAAUUUUCUGGAAAUUUGGGGUAUAUUUUGUCAACAGGGACUGGCAGAUUUUCCUGAUAGAUCUUCGUUAAGAAUAGCAUAUUUCUCUAUGAUUCUUUUGGCUGUCGUAUUAUCGGCUGCCUAUUCUGCGGCUUUGAUAAGCUUUUUAACAUCUGGUACGACUGUAUUACCUUUUCGUUCGUUAAAGGGUUUUGUUGAAGACGGUACUUAUCAAUUAUCUGUUUUUCGUGGUUCUGCGGAUUAUGAUAUGUUUGCAGUGAUAUUCGCAACAUCCGUUUGA